CAUCUCUAGUGCCGGAAUGUGGCAGUUUGAAAACAAAAAGACAACUGAAAUGAAAGCCUCCGACAAAGACGAGGGCUUCCGCAAAAAGUCCUUGUCGCCGCGUUCUUUGGCCGCAAUCUCCUUGCACAGCACGGGUCAGCAGCUGGAGGACGAAGUGUGCCAUUGGCUGUCGCUCAAUCUCAGGGAAGACAUUUCCAACCUGCUGAACGAGGCGGGCAAAUACAUGCGGCGCAUCCGGGAGCGCAGGCUGCGUUUGUCGCACAUCCAGCAAGCUGCCCGCAUGGACGACGACCUUCGCCUGGAUAUUUUCUUCAGGCUGGUCGUUCGCGGAGAUUGCCCUAGGCCUCUGGUCGAAGAGGAGCCCGGUGUGGGCGUGGGCGGAGCCCCAUUCGCAGACUCUGCUCCCGUCCCCACCGGUUUCAGUCAGGUAUCCGAACCCGAGAUUCCUAUUGAACCGGCUCCCUGCCACUCAGGCUGGCUGAAGGCGGAGCAGGUGCUGCUUAAGCCCUGCAAGCGCUAUCCGCUGACCAGGGAGCAGCAGUCCUUCUACGAGCUGAUCACCGAGGCCUGCGUGGGCCCCUCGGAGUCCCGCCGCCAGCGGGCGCUCCAAACGCUGUCCACCGAUCCGUCGCUGGAGGUGCUGCUGCCCACGUUGAGCGCGUUCAUCUCGGACGCAGUGGUCGUCAACGUGGCCCAGCAGAACAUGCCGCUGCUUCUGUACCUGCUGCGUAUGGUCAGAGCCGUUUUGGCCAACCCCAGAUUGAGCUUGCUACAAUAUCUCCACCUGAUCCUGCCGGCCGUUCUAUCCUGCCUGCUGACCAAACAGGCCUGCUCAUCCUCCGACCUAGCCGAUCAAUGGGCAUUGAGGGAGUACUCUGGCAACAUAAUAGUCCACAUAGUGCGCCACUUUAACGCCGCCGACAGCAGUAUCCUACCUAGAGUUAUUGGGAUUUACAAAAAUGCUCUCCUAAUGCAGCCACUGACGACGGUCUUUGGGGCUGUUAUCGGCCUGGGAAAGAUGGGUCAUCACGCGGUGCGAGCCUGCAUUGUGCCCCAAAUAGCAUACCUAUCUAAGCGGAUCGAGCCUCAUCUGACCCUGACUGCUGGUAACGGGAUCUCCAGCUCCACCUCCAGCUUGGACAGACAGGCUGCCAAGUACAUUCGUCAUCGUCUGAUGAAGCUGUGCACCCCGGUGUUGAAAAUUAUCCGCCAAGCUCCUGAUCUUCUGGAGCAGUAUGUGGUCGAUUACGGCUUUUUGGGUCCGCCGCUGUGCGACGCCGUUAUCGUAACUCGUAUAAAGAAAGAAAUUAAUGCUGAAGCCAAGAAGGAGGCAGGAGAGGCGAAAAGAAUGUGCCCAGGCCAAUUGGCUGCCGACCGACCAAAUAAAUGUAAGGUUGAAGGAGCUGGAUGUGGCGGCUCGAAAUUUCCAAUGCCUAUCAAGCAGCUGCCUACCAACGGAGUUUAUCGCACCAACUGUGUACCCCAAUCUGGUUCUCAAAUGCUCCCAAUGAAAGGACAGACUGUCAAGAUCCCUCCGCGGAUAUCGUGCUAUCCAAAAGUUCAAGGUCAAAAGCCGAUUAUCGUUACCAAAGCCUCGGAUUUCGGGGCUGGUAAAUCGGCACAGGCUCAGGUGCCUCAAUUCAGAAACGUUUUAGAUGCGCCCGCGCCCAUGCGCUCCUUUUUGCCAUCCAGUAAUGGAAUGCUUUUGAAGCUAAAAAAUGGAUUUGUUCCCAUACAGUGCAAUAAUGGCAAAAAGCCCAUUAACCAUUUACUUAAAUAA